GUUCAGAUUCGUAUUGUGUACGAGCUAUGUAUAUGAGAAGUAUUCUUUAAUACAUUUAUAAUCAUUAUUCCUAUAGCCGUCUGAACAAGUAGUUGUGUCUGUACGCAUAAUGUUACAACAAGUGUUAAAUAAAAGACAAAGUGUUAAUUUGAAUUUUUAUAAGAUGCGUUUAAAUAAUGGUUGUAAUUUAUCCAAUGAGGAAAAAAUUCUACUGCCGUUUACAUAUAUUCAGCAAGUACCAGGCAAGCAGAUUAGAACAAAGCUCACAUCAGCUUUCAACUACUGGUUAAAAGUAUCUGACGAAAAAUUGCGCGCCGUGGGAGAAAUUGUUCAAAUGCUGCAUAAUUCGAGUUUACUAAUCGAUGAUAUCCAAGACAACUCUAUCCUACGACGCGGCAUCCCAGUCGCUCACUCUAUAUACGGAGUGGCCAGUACCAUCAACGCGGCCAACUACGUUCUGAUCAUUGCUCUAGAGAAAAGUUUACAGUUGGGACACCCAAUGGCGACGGCGGUGUACACGGAACAAUUACUGGAACUACAUAGAGGGCAGGGUAUGGAGAUCUACUGGCGAGACAACUUCCAAUGUCCGUCUGAAGAGGAAUACAAAGAGAUGACCAUCAAAAAAACCGGUGGCUUGUUCAUGCUUGCCAUCAGACUGAUGCAGCUGUUUAGCGAGAACAAAUCGGACUUUAGCAAGUUGUCUGCCAUCCUGGGCCUUUAUUUCCAGAUUAGGGACGAUUAUUGCAAUCUAUGCUUACAGGAGUAUUCAGAGAACAAAAGUUUCUGCGAGGACCUCACUGAAGGCAAGUUCAGCUUCCCGAUCAUCCACGCCAUCAGGAACCAGGAGGGCGAUAACCAAGUACUCCACAUACUGCGCCAGCGCACCCGCGACGUGGAGGUGAAGAGGUACUGCAUCUCGCUGCUAGAGCGGCUCGGCAGCUUCCGCUACACGAGGGAUACGCUCAUCAAGCUCGACGCUGAGGCUCGAGCCGAGAUCGCGUCACUGGGCGGUAACCCGCAGCUGGAUGCGUUACUGGACGAGUUACUGAGCUGGCGACGAGACAACGCCCACAAUAACGGUUUCGACAAGCAGUGAAUUGGCCUACGAUCUUAAACAACACUUAAACAUCGAACUGCGUAUCGGACCAACGGCUAACAACCAAGACAUCACAAUUCGAACUAUCGAACAAGUAAUUUAUUACUGUAGGUAGUAGAAAAUGUGUAGUGAUGAAUUUUACUACCAAAUGGUAGUAGAAUUUAAGGAUUUUUUUUUAUUAGAUAAAAAACGGAAUAGUACCCCUCCUGCAUUGGUGGGAUUCCAGUGAGUAGUGAUAGGUGAGGUUGAAGGUAGAUCAGUUAUGCCAUCGUGAUGAGUUAAUUGACCACUAUGUUUUCCAUGGAGAUCACGUGGAAGUCGACCUUUUAGCUGAAUUGCUAGUAAUAGGAUCGCUAGUCCCUAUUACUAACAAUCCCUGCCUCUACUUUGUAAUAGUCGGUCUUGGUCUGUAAGCUGAUGGUCCCUUAACAGCUUUUACGUUAAAUCAAUGUGUUUUGUACGUAUGUUAUUUAUUUAUCACUAAACAACGAUGAUUAGGUGGACACUUGCUUCGCAGUUGCUUAGAUAGAAAGUAAAAGUUGUACAAUUCUGACACCAGGUGGCGUCCAAAUCGUAAACAGUUGUCAUAGGUACAGUUGUGUUUAUUUAAAUUUACUUAAAUUAUGAUUUAAUUAUUGUGUAUGAAUUAUGUGCUCGUGAAUAGUGUCAUCUCCGUUUGGUUUUAUACUUCUUUCCCUUAUUCUUGAAAAAGUAAAAUCUAUAUGCGAUAUUUGUCACUUUCUUUCAAGUUAUAAAGCUUGCUUGAAAGAAAGAGACAAAAUUCAUGAAUAAAACUGUUGACGUAAUUAUGCGUAAAGUACGCAGCCAUACUACGUUAGGUGCGUAUUAAACUAAAUGUACACAAAUGUAUGUCGCAAUCACUUGGGCUUAAUUAUUUUUAAUUAGAAGAUACUAGAAAAUAUAAUUAUAAUACAUUAAAGGUUAUAUAUAUAUAUAUAUAUAUAUAUAUAUAUAUAUAUAUAUAUAUAUAUAUAUAUAUAUAUAUAUAUAUAUAUAUAUACGCAGAUGAUGCGUAAAAUGGAACUCACAUUUUGUCCAUAGAUAAAAUUUCCCUUUGUGUUAAAGAAUUUGUCCACGCACUAAAACGAAAAUGAUAGCAUACAGUAUGUUUUCAGAAGAGAAAGCUCAGGGUAUGGAAUGUAACAUCCCUGUCGAGGUUUCCCCAAAAACUAUGGGGUAUGAGCUUCUAAAAAUUUUAAUGCCAUUAUGGUUUUUUCAAAGUCGGUAACGCGCACGUGACAUACCUAGUGUUGUAGACAUCCAUAGGCUACAAUAACCGUUUACCAUCAAACGAGCUGUGAGCCUGUUUGCCACUUUUGUGGUAUAAAAAAGAAACUUGCAACCGACACGUAUUAUACAAAGGGAUAUUUUAUCCAUAGUCCGCGCAAAUUUUUCUUCAAUCCAAAUCAGAAUCUAUUCCCUUAAAUUAUUGUUCAUAAUCACUUAUUGCCUAUUUAUUUAUAAUGUAGAAAUAAUUAUAUAAAACAAUAAAAAAUUACAUUUAUAAAAAUUCACAGCCUUCCAAAUAUUCGCUCGCUGUCGCUACCCAGCGUAUUUGGGACACUAAAUAUUACAAAUAAAUAUUUAAAUUUUAGCACAAUCAACUAUUAUUAAUUGAUUGUUGAAACAAAUGCAAAUAUCAACGCCAUUUUAAUCUUAUGCCAUACUUCGUAAUAUAUUUUAUUUGAAUAUUCUUCGAGAUGUACUUAAUAGUGUCUAAUGCAUACAAUUAUUUAGCGGGACGAAAUAAUAUGAUCUAACUUAUUAAUAGGUCCGUCCGACAAAACAUCUAGUAAUUUAGUAUCAUCAUCUAGUAAGAAGACACUCAGAAGUUCUAUACACAGAUAGACAUUUUGUAAAACAAGCAAGAAACUAUCAGUGUUGACAAAAAUAUAUAUAUAAAAAAUAAAUAAGGAUAAAUUCAUCUUGAUAUGGACAUAUCAAAAGAGAAUUUUGGUUAAAAAGAUUAUAAUAUUUUUAACGAAUGAAAAAUCCUUUAAUUAAAGUACCAGAUAGAUAGGUACUCGUUAUUUUAUUGUUUCCACCAAAAGAUUACAAUAGUAAACUUAUUAUAAAUACAAACAAUUACAAGAAGUAAUCACAGUGAGAAAACAAUAGGCGACCUUAUCGCUAUCGGACGACUUGAUAGUAAAUAAAAUUAAUUGGUUAUGGAAAACAGUAGAAUCGUAAAAAUGUCAACCAGUGCUUAAAAUUACGUUUAUUUGAAUAAAAAGUGUUUCUACUCUGAUUGUAUGAGAGAUGUGUAAGUUGUAUAAAAGAUUGAAUUAAUUGUUUAAACGAUUGAUAAAUUAUAUAAAAGAUAAGUAAUUGAUUAAUGAUUAUGCAUUGUGUCAACCGUGAAUGGGUUAUAUAAAAGAUUAUAUCGUCAUAGUCGUAGAAUACUGACGGAUCUUUAUAUGUAAUAUUUGUCAGAUCCGUCGGUAUUCUACGACUAUGACGAUAUGUAAUGAUAUAUCGUCAUAGUCGUAGAAUACUGACGGAUCUGACAAAUAUUACAUAUAAAGAUCCGUCAGUAUUCUACGACUAUGACGAUAUGUAAUGAUAUAUGUGAUAAUACAAAUACAUCUGAGGCAGAGGAGAAAAUAAUUCGAAUUACGUUUUCAUUUAUACAAUAAUUUCUGUGUAAUAAUUGUAAUUAAAAAUACAGUUAAAACAAUUAUAAUUUUUCAAUAAUAUUUAUCUAUUCAUUUGAAAAAAAAAAUUGAAAAUUAAUUAUUAGUAAAUAUCUGGGACGUGCUAGGGUAACUAAGAGAUACCAUAUAAGUAUGAGCGUUAAGAAGAGAAAAUUCAACACGUUUGGACUUGAUUUACACGACGCCUGUAUUGGUCUGUCUCGAGUUUGAACUUAAACCGACAUAAAAAUUACACUAAUUUGACUGUUGUUAAUUUAAUUUUGCAUAAUAGCAUAUUAACCCUUUACACUCCGGUCUAGUAACUCAUAGAGAAUACCAUUAACUCAUUAAUUUGACAAUAAUUUAUUAUAAUGUAAACAUUAUAGACAUAUCGUCAACACUAUAGGAUAAACACAGACGGUUUCGUUUACCUAAGUGUUAAGGGCGCUGAGUCAGUAAAACAAGCGUGUCGCCGUAGCCGCGACAGUGGAUUUAAUGUUAGAAUUUUAAUGUCGCAAAUAUGGCAACAACGGAGUGCAAAGGGUUAAUAUAAUAUUUUUCAAUAAUGUGUGCUUUGUUUUGGAUAGAGAUUUAAUUUAUUUGUAUUUUAGUGGAUUUUAUAACAUUAUUGUUUGUAAACGUUUAUAAAAUUGAAGCGGGCGCUUAGUUUUGAUUUUGAGUUGAUCUCUAAAAAGAUUUAUAUAAUUUUGUCUAAAUGUUAUAUUUUGUAUUUUAUAUUCUAAUACUUAAGUAUUUAGAUGUAAUAAUAACUUGUUUUAUUUGGAGUAUUAUUCUAUCCUAAUAGUUGCCUCAAUCAAAAAUAUAUCUGAAUGAGAGCGGUUAAGGUUUAUAUUUGUACUUAUUAAAAUUAAUUCUAUAUUAUUAAUUAAAUGAGUAACAUUUGCUUUUUGUGCCAUUGUUAACAAUAUAUUUGUUAGAUUGUAAUUGAAUUUACAAUUUACAAAAAAAAAAUUAUUACAAAUUUGUAAAAUGUUCCUAUGAACAAUACAUAUAAAUAAAACACAAUGCUAAUUUUAAUAAUUGUAUUCAUACAGUUAUGAAAUUAUUUUGUACAUAACUACUAUUGAUGAUAUAUAUACUGCUGUCUUUUUUUAAUGCAUGAUAAUGGAAUGGGGGCUACCAUAACAUCGCCUGCGAUACCGGUACACGCUGGCGAGGCACGAGUGAGGAAUGAUAGGUGAGAAUGAAAAGGGAAUGAGCUAAACGACCUGCAGUUAGCCCAUCGUGAUGAAUACGCCUUAGAUUCAGCACGAUGGUGUCUAGGGGGGGGGGGCAUGGAGUUCAACCCUGAUAUGUUAUAUUGCUUGCAAUAACACUUGUAGUCCAUAUUAUUAACAAUCCCCCUCCCUUCCUCCUAUACUGCUGAGUUGCCAUAUUCACAGCAAAUAAUAUCAUUCCAAAGAGCUUAUUUACAAAUCGGUUUAAAUAAAUAUGAGUCCUUUUUUUUGUAAAAACCAUGAAUAAUUAUUAUCCACAUAUGUCUAUGCUAGGAAUAGUUGAAACAAU